AUGGAGAAGACACUUUUUGAAAAUCAUCUUCUUCAAAUCAUCAUGAAUCAAUUAUUUUCCCAUUUUCUGAAGCAAAUUCCUGCUUUCAUCACCAAAUACCCUCAUCAAUGGCGGGCAAUUUCUCUCUCUUCCUUCCCAUUUCUCAAUCCUCCUCCCAAGGAGUACCACACUUCCCAGCAAUCUAAAGCUUCGUUGCUCUCCAUUUCUUCAAACCCAGCUUACCUUCUUCUGGGUACCUGCAAAAAUCAUUCUUCUCUCCAAAAAGUUCAUGCUUUACUCAUUGUUCAUGGUGUAGUUGAUAAUCUUCUUUGCCUCACUAAAUUGGUGAGUUUGUAUGGUUCAUUUGGGUAUUUGAGGAUUGCCCGUAAGGUGUUUGAUAAAAUUCCUAACCCAGACCUUUAUUCUUUCAAAGUAAUGAUUAGAUGGUAUUUUUUGAAUGAAUUGCAUCUUGAAACAAUUGUGUGCUACAGGGGUUUGAGGAAAUGCCUCAGAGAGACCGAUGAUAUUGUUUUCUCUAUUGUGUUGAAGGCUUGUUGUGAGCUGAGGGAUGUCAAUGAGGGGAGGAAGGUGCAUUGCCAUAUUGUCAAGGCAGGGAGUCCUGAUAGUUUUGUGCUUACUAGUUUGGUGGAUGUGUAUGCUAAAUGUGGGGAGAUUGAUUCUGCUCGGGGAGUUUUCGAAGAGAUAGAGGAUAGAAAUGUCGUUUCGUGGACUUCGUUAAUCACGGGGUAUGUGCAGAAUGAUUGUUCUGAAGAGGGUUUGAUUUUGUUUAAUAGGAUGAGGGAAAGCCUUGUUGAUGCAAAUCAGUUUACAUUGGGGAGCUUACUGACAGGUUGUGGGAAGUUGGGAGCUUUGCAUCAAGGGAAGUGGCUUCAUGGGUAUUUGCUCAAAGCUGGGAUCAAUCUGAAUUCCUUUCUGGCUACCGCGCUUCUAGACAUGUAUGUCAAAAGUGGGAGCAUUAAAGAUGCUCGUUCUGUAUUUGACGAGUUCUGUUCUACCGAUGAUCUAAUCUCUUGGACCGCUAUGAUAGUUGGGCACACUCAAUGCGGCCAGCCUAAUGAGGCCCUGAAGUUAUUUGCAGACAAGAGGCGAGCUAGAAUUUUUCCUAAUUCCAUGACCAUAGCUAGUGUACUUUCAGCUUGUUCUCAACUCGGAGAUCUGAGUAUGGGCAGGUCGGUUCACUGCCUUGCAACUUUGCAAGGUUUAGAAGAUGUUGAUGUCAAACAUGCCCUCAUUGACAUGUAUGCAAAAUGCAACCUGAUGAGAGAUUCUCGGUAUAUCUUUGAUUCAAUACACAACAAGAGUGUGAUUGCUUGGAAUUCAAUGAUUUCAGGUUACGCCCAAAAUGGGUAUGCUCUUGAAGCCCUUAAACUCUUUCAUCAAAUGACUUUAGAAUCUAUGUCUCCAGAUACAGUGACUUUGGUCAGCGUAAUCUCUGCUUGUGCUUCUAUAAAUGCUGUUAAAGUUGGUUCUUCUUUACAUGCUUUAUUAAUCAGGGAAGGUUUGUCAUCUGUUAACACCUAUGUUGGCACGGCACUUCUAAAUUUUUAUGCCAAGUGUGGUGAUGUGAUAUGUGCACGGAAGGUUUUUGAUGAGAUGGGAGUAAAGAAUGAAGUAACUUGGAGUUCUAUGAUUAGGGGUUAUGGGAUGCAUGGUGAUGGCGAGGAGUCUGUUACACUGUUCAACAAUAUGUUAAAGGAAGAUGUGGAACUUAAUGAUGUCCAUGUUACUGUUCUUUUAUCAGCAUGUAGUCACUCAGGAAAUGUCGGUGAAGGAUGGAAAUAUUUCACUUCUAUCUGUAGGGAGCAUAACUUUGUGCCCUCCAUGAAACAUUAUGCAUGUAUGGUAGACAUAUUAGCUCGUGCAGGAAAAUUAGAGGAAGCUGCAGACAUCAUGGAGAAUAUGCCUAUUCGUCCAGAUAUCACUGUCCUAGGAGCAUUUGUUCAUGGAUGCAGCCUUCAUUCCCAGUUUGAACUGGGAGAGAUUGCAGCACGAAGAAUGUUAGACAUGCAUCCUAACGAAGCUUGUUACCAUGUGCUUUUGUAUAAGUUGUAUGCUUCAGAUGGAAGAUGGGACAAGGCAGAUGAGAUCAGAGAUUUAAUGAAGGAAAGAGGGUUGAGCAAGUCACCUGGUUGGAGCUCCUCAGAGAUGGAAAGUUUUAACCAGCUUCCUUCCUUGCAAUUAUCUUCUACUAGGUAAUCGCUCAAGACAGAAGAUAGUAAUAUCUUCCGUGUCACUGACUGAGUAAAAGAUCAAAAAAAAAAUCUGUGGUGCUUAUCUCUGGAGCUUCCUUGCCUAUAAUUAUCAACGAAAUCCAUGUUGUAGUGUUGUGUAUGCGAUGCAGCUGCAUGGAGUAAGAGUGUAGAAAAAAUGGUUUUGCAUUCUGGACCUGUGGGCUGUGGCAAAGCCAUCUAAAAAGACAACUUUCAAGAAUGACUGAGAUGGCUUGGUGGCUAUGAUGCACAAAUUUGUCAGCUGGAAACAAAAUGUUCUCUCUUCAAAGAUGAUAGUGGUUUUAUAAGCUGAUCUCUGUGAAAGAGCGAAUUUUUGGGGGUAUUGAGCUGGUGAAUACUGACUGUAAUACAGCUAAUUUUGUUCUACCUGCAGAUGUUUACGAAAUACUGUAUCUGACAUGAAAUAUAUAGAGUUCCUCCACAUUGUAAUUAUGUAAAUGUGUUAUAUGCAAAUGGGGUUUGCCCAACGCUUAUUAUACUUGAUCAUCUAGUAGCUAGUUCAUCAUAUAAGAGAAUUGCAAUUUUAGCUAGUGGAGUGAGGUUUCUGUGCAGUAUCCAGACCACUGAAUUACUAGAAUGAGAGAGGAAGUAAAAAUUAGUGACCAUUGUACUCAUCAUAUUGAAAACUCUCUUCCCAUUCUUACUUUAAUUAGACCGUAAAUACCAAUUCUUUCUUGAGCUUUUUUUUUCAUCUAAUUUUCACUAAACUGAAAUUUACUCCGCCUUUUAUUUUCACUCCCUCCGUCUGUGGAUGAAUGCAAGACACAACUCAAGAAAAAGAAGAAAGAUUUUUUUUUUUUUCUCUAAAAUUUAACUUGCAAAAGUAAAUUAUGACAAUCCAAAAAGGAAAAUGGACCUAGUAAAUGGGAUGAAAGCAUUAAAUAAAUUACUUUAUCCAUUAAA